AUGUCCAAGAAAAUAUCAAAGAAUUCCAGAGCUGCCAGACAAUCAGGUGCUUACGAUUUAGAAGUAAAGGAUUUGACCAACUUACCAAGGGUUGAAAAAACAGAUCUGACCAAUAUCUUGAUUAGAACAGCCGCAAAAAAUGGAGCAUUACUGGAGGCAAAGAUCUCUAAGAAAGCUGAUAAGAGCAAAAGAGGUAAAAAGAUAAAUAAAAAAGCUCUCGAAGACAAGCUAGCUAACUCUAUCUCAUCCAUGGACAAGGAUCGUCUAGUGAAGGCGUUGAACUUCACCAAUCGUUUGGACGGGAAAAUUGCAAAGUCCAUAUCGCGUGCCAAGUAUGUUCAAAAUACAAGGAAGGCUGGCUGGGAUAGUACCAACGACACUAUAAGGAGAGAGUUGGCUCUUUUGAGCGGAAACUUAUCCGUGGCGUCAAAGGGUGCCACGAAAGAUGAUAUGGAUAAAGAAAGUGAAGAGAGUCCAGAAGCGUUUGAUUCCUUAGCAGAGGAUAAGGUGGCACAGAAGACUCCCGUCAAUAGAUUCGGGGUCUUGCCGGAUGAUGUUGAAGAAUAG